GGAAAGGAUUUAAAAAGGCAAUAUUUACUGAUAUAUAGAAAGCUGCAUUUCUUAAAAUGGAAGCCUAUGAGGCCCAUUGUUCUUGUUAACUAAAUGUUACUGACUGCCAGGUGGGGGCACUGAAUGCUCCAGUGAGCUGCCCCCUCACUCCCCCUGGCCAGGGUCGGACUAGGCCGCUGGGACACCGGGAAAAUACCUGCGCUUCCCUUGCCGCCGAUGUCCUCCCCCGGUGCGUUCACAAAUGCGCAUUCAGAGGAGGACACCCGGUGGGCACCCCUGCUGGGGACGUGUACCAGGCUGACCCUGGCCCAAGACAGGUGUGAAAGGGGAGGGCUAAACAUUGAGUAUGGAAGGGGAGGGGCCAGAUAACUUUUUUGUUUUUGUGUUUUUUCCCACCCUACCAAUCCCCUUUUUUAAGUUAUACAGGUUCAGUAUAAUGAGAGCGAGAGUUACCAAAUGGACAUGGGAACGCAGAGCAGAAUAAUGCGGCAGGACAGAGAAAGCGCCAGAAGAUGGGGGCUAUGCCCAGGACAAGCUGCCAUAAAACUUCCACCCAGGGUGCAGCCCCGUACUUUGGCUGCUUCGCUUCAACCUAGCUACAUGGAAGGGAGGUGAAUUUGUUUUCCAGAGAUUAAAAGGCUUCAUCUUUCAAGCACUGACAAUGGAUGAGUUUCGUGGAAGGGUUAUAACUCAGGAUGAUGUCGAGAUAUUCCGGGGACAUCUGUCCCAGUACAAAAUGCACCAACUGGGAAUAUUCAAUGAGUAUUUCAGGGAAGAUCUUGCCUACAUCGUUGAGACAGUAGAUACGCUGAGUAUCCUGAGAGAGCUGAGCUUCCGUGGAAUUGUGACCGUAGAGCACUAUCAAGCUAUAAAGAAGCAAUGUGGCGCCUCUGUGUUUGCUGAGAUGCUGGUAGAAGAUAUUUAUGCAUCUGGGAGAGACGCUGUGCUGGGAUUCUGGGAAAGCCUCUAUUUUCUACAGAAUGAUUACCCUCACCCCAACCUGCUGGGGGCGCUGGAUGAACUCACUCAAACAGGAGAAACUUUGGAGCAGAAAAUUUUGUUGGACCUUCAUGGACACGAUCUGCCAGAACAACUAAAAGCCUGCCAGAUGGAGCAUAAACAAUAUCUACUGGAGAAAACCCAGAAUCUUGAGGAGCACACAGUCCCAGGUACAAGCCAGAAGCCCCAACGUUUCCAUAUCUCUGAACGCUAUUUGGACCUCAUUGUAGCCUCAGGACACCACUUCAGGGAGCGCACCCAGCACGAGGUCAUUGAGACAGGGGGGAAACACGAGCACUAUUUACAAAAAGUCCAUAGCAAUUUGGAACGCAUUGCGCCAAACCGACUCUUCCGCUGGUGUCACAGACUUAGGUGCACACCACAUGCCGUCAUAGUGUGUGGCGUCCCAGGAGUGGGGAAGACCACCCUAAUGCAGAAGUUUGUCUAUGACUGGAUAGCUGGGGAACUCUACCAGAGAUUUGCCUUUGUCUUCUUCUUCAAGUUCCGGACGCUCAAUACAAAGGAAGAAGUUAGCCUUCAGAAAAUAAUCCUUGACGAAUAUCCACAUCUGCAUAAGAACCUCUCGGAAAUCCUACAGGAUCCCCAAAAACUGCUUUUUAUAUUUGAUGGGUUAGACGAGAGCGCCCACCAGAUGGAUUUCCAGUCAAGUGAACUGUGUGCCAGCCCCCACAGCCUUAGACAUCUCAAUGUCAUUGUGGUCAGCUUGGUGAGCCAGUCUCUUCUGAAAGGAUGUUCUGUUUUAAUAACAAGUAGACCCACCAGACUGGCUUCCAUAGACACCAAGGUCUUCCCACGUGUCUGCGAGAUCAUGGGGUUUUUCCCCAGGCAAAGAGAAAUGUACUUCCAACAUUUUUUUGGAAACCAAGACAUAGCUAAGAAGGCUUUCCAUUAUGUGAGGGAGAACGGGAUGCUGUACACAUUCUGCUACAUCCCAUCCUACUGCUGGAUCAUCUGUACCGUCUUAUCCAUGUGUUUUAAAGAUACUAAAAAAAUUGUUCAACUCCUACCCAAAACAGUGACACAACUUUUUGUGGUCUAUGUCUCCAACAUACUGUCUAACCACAGCCAGGAUCUGGACCGUGCUAAAGAACUUCUGACAUCCAUUGGCUGGAUGGCAGAGCAUGGCGUCAUGAACCAUAAUCUUGAAUUUGAGGAAGGAGAUUUAGCAACUUUCCAUGUGACUUUUUCCUCUAAACUCUUGUCUAGUUUCAUGGUAGAAUCCGCCCACUCUCAAGGUGUCACCUACUCGUUUUUUCAUCUCACGAUUCAAGAGUUUUUGGCAGCCUUGGUUCAUUAUCUUGAUUAUUCUGCUGAAAGGUUAAAGGAAGCUGUUGAAAAAGCCCAAGCGUUUGAGGAUGGCCGAGGUGAAAUAUUCAUUCGUUUUAUCUCGGGUCUGUCUGACAGCUCAACCAGGUCCCUCUUAAAACCAUACUUGGGGGACUUGUCCUCUGAAGCUUCUAGGGAUGUCAUAACCCUGUUAAAAGACAUGACUCGUAGUGUAACCACCCAUGAAGAUGAUGGUGUGGACAAAAGAAAAACCCUAAACAUAUACGCCUGCCUUUCUGAAUCCAGGAAUAAGGCUCUUGUAUCUGAUACUAUUGGAAAUAACACCAUUUUUGAGUUCUCAGAGUUCCACCUGGCCCCUCUGGACUGUACCGUCUUGGCCUUCAUCUUAGAAUCCUACCAAGAAGUGGAGCGUCUAGACCUAGAUGCUUGUUUUAUACAGACGGAAGGUUUAGAGAGGUUGGCACCCAUGUUACACAAGAUCAAGGAUCUCAGCCUUUCUCAAAAUAACCUGAAGAAUGAAGAUAUGCCGAUUAUUUAUUCCAUCGUAACCCACUCGGAAUGUCAAAUCCAGAAACUGAGUUUAAGGGAGAACGGCCUGACGGAGGAAUGCUGUGGGCAGUUGGCCUGGGCCAUCAAUGAGAACACAUCCCUGAGGGACCUGGAUCUGUCCAAGAACAAACUGGCCGGGGAGGAUUUCUAUCAGUUGCUGACAGUUCUGUCUAAGCCAACGUGCAGGAUAGAGUGUUUGGGCCUCAUGGAGAUCAAGCUGACCCCCGAAUAUGCGCCGUCCCUGUGUUCUCUGACCAACAACGCCCAACUCACCCACCUCAACCUCAGCUACAAUUUCCUUUCGGAUACUGGGUCCUCCCAUAUAAAGGAUCUGAUAGUGGCCUCCCCUAGCCUGAAAGAGAUCAGGCUGGGCACAAAUGACUUUUCUGAAGAAGUUCUUGCAGACCUUAGGAGAAUGCAAACUCAUCAUCCAGGAGUAAACAUUGAAAUAUGACAGCAGUAAAAUGUACGGUGAUGAUCCCCCUUAUGGUCAGACUUGCCGGACCAAACCAAGAAUGUGCCGAACUGAGCUCAACUAUGAGGAGCUGAAAUAUACAGAGACCAGCCUGUAAGGUGCCAAGCUGAAAGGUGCCCAGGAGGUGACUGGUGCUGCUAUAGAGUCCUAGUCCGAGUCCUAGUGCUCCAGGGUGCCCAUUGGCAGAACUGCCUUUGCCAUACAGUGGAAUUAUGGAGAAGGUACCGCUACCUGCACUUUUAAAAAUAACUCUUGGAAGGGACCUUGUUCUAAGAACUGUGGCUUUACAUAUCCCACCCAGAGUUUAACUGUCUGAUUAAGAGACAUUGCAUUCUACUCUAUUAGAUGCCCAUUGUAUUUUUCUUUACUUUGCUUUUUCUAUAUAAAGCUCAUUGUUGUUA